ACACUUAUAUCAUAACGCCAUGUGGCUAUAUAUACUAAUAUAUCUCCACUGACAUAAUCACUCCUCACCAUCUAACAAUUCUCCUCACUUUCCUCUCUCUUUCUCAACACUCACAAAAGUUGUCUAUUUCUCUUCAUGGCUGCUGCUACUGCCUUCAGCUCCCCCUCUGGUGCUGUUUCUGGAGCUAUCUCCACCAAAAAUGUUAAGCAAUUGUCGUCCACUUCGACCAGGCUUUCGGUUUUCAAGAAGUCAAAUUCGGCGAGUGCCGGGAAUCUGAGCCUGAAUCUUAAGGCCUCUGCGAAGCCGUCUUUCCAUUGCAAGAGCCUGGCCAGUUCUCAGAAUUUUUCUGUUUCCGAUGCGGGGAAAGUGCAGGAGCUGAGCGUGUAUGAGAUCAACGAACGUGACCGUGGUAGCCCUGCUUACCUUCGUUUGAGCCAGAAAUCUGUGAACUCUUUAGGCGAUCUCGUCCCUUUCUCCAACAAAAUCUACACAGGGGACUUGCAGAAGCGUAUCGGAAUAACAGCAGGGCUGUGCAUAUUGAUCCAGCAUGUAGAGGAGAAGAAAGGUGACCGAUACGAGGCUGUUUACAGCUUCUACUUUGGAGACUACGGUCACAUGACAGUGCAGGGGCAGUACCUGACAUACGAGGACACCUAUUUGGCAGUCACCGGUGGCUCAGGCAUAUUCGAAGGUGUCUCAGGGCAGGUAAAAUUGCAGCAACUGAUCUUCCCCUUCAAGCUGUUCUACACAUUUUACCUGAAGGGCAUUCCUGCCUUGCCCGAGGAGUUGCUUGGAGCAGCAGUCCCUCCGACACCCGCUGUGGAGCCUGCUGCUGCUGCCAAGGCUUGCGAGGCGGGUGCCACCAUUGCUAAUUAUACUCAAUAAGGAGCAAAAUGGGGAGGAUUAAGAUUAAUUUGUUGGUUAGAAAUGUAAUGGAUUUAUAUUUUUGGUAAUAAAUCAUGUAUGUUUCCAGACAA